CCACAACCCCGAAGUGCGCCAGCGGAAAAGUGCCUGGCAACACUACCGCACUGUGCGCCGACUACAUCUGGAUUAGUACGUGAUUACAGCGGUGUCAGGAUUGCACAACUCUCUGGAGCCACAUCAGGAAGACAUGGGAUGGGCUACUGGCACAGAAGCCUCAAGUCAUUUCAUGGCAAACUCUGGAGUGUAGAGCUGCUUGAUUUGGGUGAAUGUAGAGCUGGACACCAUUUGGCUGUAUGAUGCAUUUUACUUCCCCGUAGAUUUUAUUGUAAGUAUCAAGAGCAGAGCAGCCACUACCCUCCAGUGCACCAUCUGAAUGGAAAUAUGGACACCUUCAAUGGAGGAAUUUUGACUCAACAUGUCCAGGAACUAUGAGCCUGGUCAAUCAGUAGGGAUGUUGGCCGCCGUGGAACAUGGUCCCAUCCUCUGCAGCGACUCCAACAUCCUCUGCCUCUCGUGGAAAGGCCGGGUCCCCAAGAGUGAGAAGGACAAGCCGGUGUGCCGGAGACGGUACUAUGAGGAGGGUUGGCUCGCCACAGGGAAUGGGAGAGGAGUCGUUGGGGUGACUUUUACAUCGAGUCACUGCAGGAGGGAUAGAAGUACACCUCAGAGAAUCAAUUUUAACCUGCGAGGACACAACAGCGAGGUUGUUUUGGUGCGCUGGAAUGAACCCUUCCAGAAGCUGGCCACUUGUGAUAUGGAAGGAGGCAUAUUUGUGUGGAUUCAGUAUGAAGGAAGAUGGUCUGUGGAGUUAGUGAAUGACAGAGGAGCCCAGGUGAGUGACUUCACUUGGUCCCAUGAUGGCACUCAAGCCCUCAUUGCAUACAGAGAUGGGUUUGUGUUAGUUGGCUCGGUCAGCGGUCAAAGACACUGGUCCUCUGAGAUUAAUCUGGAGAGCCAGAUCACCUGUGGCAUCUGGACCCCUGACGAUCAGCAGGUCUUGUUUGGAACAGCAGAUGGUCAGGUAAUUGUGAUGGACUGUCACGGAAGGAUGCUUGCCCAUGUUCUGUUACACGAGUCUGAUGGGAUUGUGAGCAUGUCUUGGAAUUGCCCCGAUUUCCUAGUCGAGGACAGCACAGAGAGCGACACAGACUCCGAUGACAAUAUUCUGCCUUUAGUGCGGCGAGUUAAGCCUCUGUUGACUGUCACCUUCUUAUCAGGAGAUAUCAGUUUGAUGAAUAACUAUGAUGACCUCUCUCCUACUAUUAUUCGCUCAGGGCUUAAAGACGUCGAGGCCCAGUGGUGCUCCCAGGGAGACCUCCUGGCUGUGGCUGGCAUGGAGAGACAUGGGCUCCCUUCUGACUCAGCUUGUGCAUCCAUCAUGAGGAAUGCCCUUGUUAAGUUUUAUAAUGUCCAAGGUGAACACAUCUACACUUUGGAGACACCGGCGCAGAGGCCCAUCACCACCAUUUGUUGGGGUCACAGAGAUUCACGUCUGUUCCUUGCAUGUGGACCAGCUCUCUAUGUGGUCCGUGUGGAGCACAGGGUGGCCAGCCUCCAACUUUUAUGCCAGCAAGGCAUUGCCAGCGCCCUGCGAGAGGAGAAAGAUGUGGGGAAACUAAACAUGCCCUCGCUUCUCUGCUCUUAUGUCACCACUGCUUUUAUCCCCACCAUCAAGCCCCCAAUUCCUGACCCCAACAACAUCCGCGACUUUGUCAGCUAUCCCACAGCAGGGAACGAGAGGCUCCACUGCACCAUGAAGCGAGCUGAGGACAGUCCUGAAGCAGGCGGACCCUGUUACACGCUGUACCUAGAAUAUUUAGGAGGACUGGUGCCUAUUCUCAAAGGAAGGCGCAUCAGUAAACUUCGGCCCGAGUUUGUUAUUAUGGAUCCAAAAACUGAUGGCAAGGCAGAGGAAGUUUGCGUCAAUCCCAUGAUCUCAUACACUGACAGCUGUAACUGCUCUGACUCCAGUGACAUUGAGCUGAGCGAUGAGUGGGUCGGGAAGAAGUCACCAAAGUUAUCUCGCGGAAACAGGUCACCAAAACACAUCUUAAGUUAUAUAAAUGUUUUUUUUAUUUUUUUGCAUUGUUUUCUCAUCAUUCCAAAUGAUUUUAUGAGGUGUAAAAAUGUGUCUUUGUUUCAAAGGUUGAACAUGGAAUCAAGAAAAUCUCCCAAACUUUCACGUGCCAAUCAGGAAGGCCAGCGAUCACCACGCCUACCAACAAAGAAGCCUCCCGUUCGGUCACCCAGCCUGACACGGCGUGAGUUUUCUAUGGAUGGAAUUACGGAGCACAAUUACCUUGCACAAGUGACAUCUAAUAUUUGGGGGACAAAAUUCAAAAUUGUGGGACUUGCUUCUUUCCUCCCCACGAAUCUUGGCGCAGUCAUCUAUAAGACCAGUUUGCUUCAUUUGCAACCGAGACAGAUGACAAUCUACCUUCCAGAAGUGCGAAAGAUUUCUCAUGACUUUAUGAGCCUGCCUGUGUUCAACCCCAAUGUGUUCAGCGAGGAUGAGGAUGACUUACCAGUGAUGGGACCAUCUGGAGUGGCUGGAGACAAUCCUCCAUGUACAGUCAACAUUCCCAUUGCUCCCAUCCACAGCCCAGCUCAAGCCAUGUCCCCAACUCAGAGUAUUGGUCUGGUUCAGUCUCUUUUGGCCAAUCAGAAUAUUCAGCUUGAUGUUCUGACCAACCCGACCGCCACUGCUGCAGCAGCAGCUGCAGCAGCAGCAGCCUCUGUCCCUGUCACUGAUCAUGGUCAGGAUGCUGUUGCGUCACCAUAUCCCGUGCCAACUAGAUACACCAGCCCUGGUCAGAUGAUCUUCAAUGGGUUGGAGAUGGGUCCUCUUCUCCCUGGCACUUUACCUCCCCCACCUCCACCUCACCAUCUCCCACCACAGCCUCAUUCACAGCGUUCUCAUUCACAGCAGCCUCGCCAGCAGCCAUCUAAACAGUCACAACAAAUACAGACACAGCAGCAGCAGAAAAUGCACCAUCAUCAACAGCAGCAAGGGCAACUGCAGCAACAGCAACACCAUCACCCCUCCCAAUCACAGCAGCAGCUGCAGCAACAGCAGCAGCUGCAGCAGCAGCAACACCAGCAGCUACAGCAGCUGCACCACCAGCAGGGGCAACAGCAGCAACAGCAACACCAUCACCCGUCCCAGUCACAGCAGCAGCUGCAGCAGCAGCAGCAGCAGCAUCAGCAGCUACAGCAGCUGCACCACCAGCAGACGCUACAUCAACAACAGCAACAUCAGCAACAUCAGCAACACCAAGUUCAGCAACAUCAACAAAUGCAACAAGCGCAACAGCAAGUGACGAACCAACAGCUUCAGCAACAGCAGAUCCAACAGCAGCAGCAGCAGAUGCAGAUGCAGCACGAGCAAAUGCAGCAGCAGCAGCAGCAGAUGCAACAGCAGCAGCAGCAAAUCCGACAGCAGAUCCAAGAGAUGAGGCAGCAGCAGCAGCAGCUCCAGCAGCAGCAUCAGCAGAUCCAGCAGCAGCAUCAACAGAUGCAGAGGCAGCAUCAACAAAUGCAGCAGCAACUGAAGAUCCAAAUGUCGUUGCCCCCUCCUCCAUCUGGCUAUCCAACCAUUUCCUUGCAACAGCUUCAUCUUCUUCCCCAGAUGCCACCUCCCACCACUGAGCCAGGGCUCGACAGGGGAGACCAUGGACACACUCUGAAGCCAAGUCUGCCACGUACAUUACCUCCCUCCUUUAACGAUACAGAUGUGUCUGUAGAGAUUCAAAUGAGGAAAAUAAAUCCUCCUCCUCCGUACCCGGGGACUGUAGUGUCUGCAGCAGCUGCUUCAGCUGCUGCUCCUCCUCAAACUCUCAUCACAAACUGUGACAGCCCAAGUAUCCUGGCACCGGACCCCUGCCUGAAAAAGGAUGAAUUUUUGCUUCAUCCUGUCACCUUACAGUACCCAACACCUCUUGGGUAUGAAAGGAUCACGACCUUUGACAGCAGUGGCAAUGUGGAGGAGGUGUGUCGGCCACGAAGGCGCCUCAUUCGCAACCAGAAUGCAUACGCUGUGCACAGCAUUGGGGGCUCAGCCACACUCAAAGUCACUUCCUCAGAGAAUAAAAAAAUUCAGCUUCCAUACAGCUCAGCAACAUUAAGUCGUCUUUCUGUCCCUCGAUACACAAUACCAAGUGGAGACCCCCCUCCUUACCCUGAUCCAGCCAAUCAGGUAACAGCUACACUUCCUCCUCCCCAGAGAAUUGAUAGCAGCCUCAUUCAUGCCACUCUACGUCGUGAACGAAGGGAUGUGGGCCUCAAAGUGCCACAGAUGAUGGACAGCUCAAGGACACUACCUACUAAAGCUAAAAUGAACAGUGCAUUAGCCCUUUCCUACCAGCAGAGGGUGCCCACUGCCUUAUACACAUGCACACAGUGCAGUAGUAACAGCAGCAGCACCAGUGUUAGUGUCAGUGGAGGUGGAACUACCAGUAGUGGUAUUGCAGGUGGAACGGUGGUGAGGCAGGACUUCCCACCAGGGAAAGGUGCGCAUCACAGUACCAUUAUAGUGCACUCCAAAAAUGCCUCGCCAAUGGCAUCUCAGUCAUCUUACAGUCUACUGGGUGGCGUUGACAACAGUCGGGACAGAACGGUGUAUGUUAACUCUGCAUUUACUGAGGACGAGACUUUAAAUCAGCAGUGUCACCUUGAAAAAUCAGUACGUCAGCUGACUCUUGGUGAUGUCAGUUUGACAGUAAAACGUCCUCCGCCUUACCAGUGGGACACCUCCGCCACAGAAGAUUUCUGGCUCACCCCGGAUCAAACAAUGUUAGCUCCCCCACCUCAUAAACCGCCUCCCCUUAUUAUCAGUCAAGCUCAGCACCUUGAUGUGACUCGGCUUCCUUUUGUCCUCACAACUAAACCUCCAACCAGUCCGAGCACAAGCACUCUUACUUUUCCAUCAGGUUACCAGAUAUCCCUGUCACCUUUUCCUCCAGGGGUGGGUCACAGUGGACCCCCACUUCAGACUUUGCAAAACCCUCCGCAACAGUGUUCUCCAAAUGAAGUGGUCGCUCCUGUCCCUUUUGCUCAGCAGGACCCCAAUUUGGUCUUGCCACCGGGCUACCCCCCAAAUCUGGCCAACUUGGCCUGCUGUCCUCUCCCUCCUCUGUACCCAGGAGCAAGCUCAUGUGCCGGACUUCAACUGCACCCGGUCAGCCUCCACCCUUGGAACCCUUACCCCUGCCCACCGCCCAUGCAAGAUCCUCCCGCGCCUCCACUCCCAACCAAAACUCACCAGAUUUUGGAGAAGCCAAUACUGUCCCCACCUCCUCCUACUGCACCACCUCCCCCACCUCCUCUUCCCCCUCCUCCACCACCUACCGAGUUGCCACCAUCCAAAAGUGCCACAGAAGAUCUCGCAGAAUCUGCCAAUAACUUUCCAGAGCCAUCAUCCUUGAAUGAAAGCCCUGUCCCACAAGAGUCAGAGCGCUUCAACAAGAAGAGCCGCAAAAGGCUUGACAGCCGGGCAGAGGAGGCCAACAUGCCCACUGUGUCUGAGGGCAAAUCCAGAAAGGAAGGGCGUGCGCUGUCUGAUUUCAACACUCUCAUUGCGAGCCCGAGGCUUGGUAGCAGAGAGAAAAAGAAGCCCAAGGGGCAGAGAGAACAACUUAAUAAAACAAAGAAAAUGAACAGGACCACAAAUGAGUUUCAGGAUAGCUCAGAGAGUGAGCCAGAGCUCUUCAUUAGCGGUGAUGAGCUUAUGAACCAGAACCAGAGUAGUAAGAAGAGCUGGAAGAACAAGCGCAGCAUGCGUAUGGCAAGUGAGCUGGAGGAGAUAAAGUGUCGCAAGGCAAAUGAAAGGGAGGACCGUAGCUUAGGCAGCCAAGGGUUUGUCUACGUUAUGGCCAAUAAACAGCCACUGUGGAAUGAGGCCACCCAGGUGUACCAGCUUGACUUUGGAGGUCGAGUCACCCAGGAGUCAGCAAAGAAUUUUCAGAUCGAACUGGAUGGUAGACAGGUGAUGCAGUUUGGCCGGAUAGAUGGAAAUGCUUAUAUCUUGGAUUUCCAGUAUCCUUUCUCAGCCGUGCAAGCAUUUGCUGUUGCCUUGGCAAAUGUGACUCAGAGGCUAAAGUGAAAAGGUCAUUUGGUGUUGCUGUGCACUAACUCAACAGAGCUCAGCGGUCUUACUUUUCAGCGUGUGGGGCUACGAUGGAGAAAAUGUCCUGUUUUAUUAAGAAGAGAUUAAUAUAUGUACAAGCUAGUCUUGCACAUGGAGGCAAUUUACAAUCAGUGUGUUGAGGACAAACUCCAGCUCGGUGUUGAUGAAAGAGAUUUAAGUGAAUCCAUAAUUUCUAGUUCAUAUAUUAAAUGUAGUCAUGUAGUCAAACUAUUAUAAUUAUUAUAAUAUGGUAUAUAUUAGAUUAAAGAAAACAAACCUUUUUCUGGGAUAGAAAAAAAUGCAAACUAACUUAUGUUGCAGUGACUUUUAAAAACAGUCUGGAGGUUUAGUGGCAUCUGUAGUAUCAAACACAUUAUCUCGCUAUUGAAUUGCAAAUUAAUAACCUUGUCGUGUUUAUAAAGAAAUAAGCACAGCAAAUAUAUAAGUCUGAAGUGGCGUUCAAAAUUUAUAUACACGUUCACUAAGCCAUACCAUAUGUUAUAUGAACGCUGCACUAUUUUAAAUCUGUAUUAAGAAAUAAGUAGAUAUAUUAUACAGUUUUAUUAUAUCACACUUAUAGGUAUUUAAUUACAUUUAUUUAUAAUCUCAUUUGGAUUUUUUUUCAGUUGAAUGUCUUCACAAUGUUAUGUUCAAUUUGCUGAACAUGCAAUAGAGGGAUAUAUAAAUUUGGUAGCUGCAACAUGAAAAGUUGAGUACAGUUUACCGUGGUUUAUAUAUUUUCUCUUUAUGCUACUUCCAUGAAGUGCUGCAAUGAACAUAGUUAAUCGUAUUAUUUUGGCCUCUGUACAUUCAACCCAUUCAACUCCUGAUGGUGUGUUCAUUUUUCCACUUGUAAAUUUAAACACAUUUCGAUUGAAGAAACAUUAUUCUCUAUUUCUUUGUUGAUUUCAGAAUCAGCUAUUGUGGAUACAGUUGUCAGUAAUCGUGUACAGUAAGUCUAUGGGUGCCAUAUCUAGCCAAAGGCAUUUGGCUGAAAGGAUGCCUGCUAGGAAAUUAGCAGAAAAUGAUGUCAUGUAGAUCUCAUCUCACCCAGAAUAAAUCUACACAGUAACGAUUAAGAUCUUUUCAAUCAAAUUCACUUGGUUGGCUCUGUUUUGUUUCCACUGGGUGUUUAAGAUGCUACUUGAAUUCUGCAUUUGAAUGUGAAGUACAGUAGUUUGCCUAUUUUGGAAACCAGUGCUGCUUUAGAUAGAGCUUGUGUGCAAUAAUGCUACCUACACAGAACUUAAUGUCGUACCUGCAAAAGAAAAUGUAAUGCUGCUUGCUCUGUGUAUUUAGUGACCUAACAUUAUUAUGUGCUUAGAAAAAUAUGUGUGUAUGUUGCUAAUUUGAAUAAUUUUGUAUUUCACCUUUGCUUUAACAUUGCACCUUGAGUUGUUUUUUUUUUUGUUUUGUUUUUUUGAUGUUACAGAAAAAAGAAUGAGAACAUAAACAUGCAGAGGUAUUAACUACAACAUACUCAUAAGUUGCUAGAGAUGACCCGUUAGUGGGAGUGAGAUUCAUGUAGAUUUGGUGCUAUUGUAUAAAGAAAAAAAAGUGUUCAUAUCUGGAAAUCUGUCACUUGUUUUUAGAAGAUUAUUUUAACUGGAAAGUAUUUUGCAAAACGUUACAGAACAUUUGGUGCAGAUGUUUUCAUUUCAGCUUUUUUUAUUCAGUGCAGCUUCAGAGAUUUUAGCAACAGUGCGUGUCAGUUAUUAUCAGCAAUACUGCCUAAUAACCGAAUGGUUUGCUGCCUGAUUGUUUUUCUCUUAUUUUGUGAUGGAAACAAAAAAAAUAUAUGACUGUAGGUUUUCUGGGGACCUAUAAGCUGGCCAAAAUGGAAUAAAAAUCUAUGGUUCCAAAAUGUUUUGUGUUGUUUUUAUUUUAUUUCUUUUUCUUUUUCAUAUUAGAUCUUUUACUAACUAAUGCAAUGGAAGUGAUUGCAAAAGACUUCCUCUUCACUUUCUUAUUUAAAUGUGGGAGAAAAAUUACUUAAAUCUACUGCAGGGUUACUGCAGGGUUAACACAGAGAAAUAGAAACCAGACACCCAUUUUGCAGAGAAUCACAAAUUAAUCUAACAUGCAUGUCUUUGGACUGAGAGAGAAACCUGCAAAAGACAUAGAGCACAUGGAAACUCCACACAGAAGGGUUCCCGCUGGCUGGUGGAUUCAAACCCAGGAUCUUCUUGCUGAGAGGCCAAGGAGAACCUCCAUGUUGUGCUUUGAUACAUAAUAGUUGUAAUAUCAUGGUUAUAUUUGCAUCAUUGUUGUAGGCA